UGGUAGUGGGAAAAUCCCACAAUGCACUGAUUUUCGCCAUUUCCACUUUAAAGUUCACUGGAUAUGUGAAGUCUUCGUUAUAUAUGUAAAAGAAACACUGUAUAUACGUACUCUGUCAUUAUUUUGUGAGUUAGAAAUACAAGACUUGGGCUGGUGGGGAACUCACAAAGAAAUCAAGAUGUCGAAGGCAAAGACACAACAACCACAAGUUAUCCACAAAGUAAUAAUGGUGGGGAGUGGUGGGGUAGGUAAAUCCGCCCUGACCCUACAGUUUAUGUAUGAUGAGUUUGUUGAAGACUAUGAGCCAACCAAAGCAGAUUCCUACAGAAAGAAAGUUGUGUUAGAUGGUGAGGAAGUCCAAAUAGACAUUUUAGACACCGCUGGUCAGGAGGAGUAUGCUGCAAUCAGGGACAAUUAUUUCAGGAGUGGCGAGGGCUUUCUGUGUCUGUUCUCUAUCACAGAACAGGAGUCAUUUCAGGCCACAGUAGAUUUUAGAGAACAAAUUUUACGAGUGAAAAAUGAUGACACAAUACCAUUUUUACUGGUGGGAAACAAAGCCGAUUUAGAAGACAAGCGAUAUGUCAGCGUGGAGGAAGCUCAAGAACGGGCCAAGCAGUGGAAUGUGCCCUACGUGGAAACUUCGGCUAAAACUAGAGCAAACGUUGACAAGGUAUUUUAUGAUUUAAUGAGAGCCAUAAGAGAUAGAAAAAUGGAAGCAAGUCGACAGACCAAUGGAAAGACUAAUAAUAAAAAGAACAAAAAACGGAAGUGUACAAUUUUAUAACAGUAUGACUGAAGAAUUUCUAAUGGAGACAAAGCUCUCUGUUCAUUGCCUUUGACAAACAUUUAUAAGAAACACAAGAGAGCACAAAUGAUCUUGAGAGGAUGACCUUCAGCACAAGCAAGAUUACUUCAAGGUCAUUUGCAUGAUGGAUUCAACUUUUUACUCAAAUCAACUGAUGCCGAUUUUAUUUUGCAGACAUGUAUAGAAUCUAAGUUGCUGUGUAGCUUUACAAGCUUUUACAAUGAUUUUAUAAAGUUCACACCUAUACAUACAAACUAUUUUUUAUUUAUGUAGAUAUGAGAAAUUGUGUGUGUGCAUGUGUUCAAAUAUGAUAUUAGUACAAUCUUCAUUAGAAAAGCUCCACGAUAUGGUACCUAUAUAAGAGCUUAUUUAAAGUACAGAUGAAGCACCAAUUUUGAAAUGAUUAUUUUUUCUGAGGUACAAUUACUUGAUGUACUUUAUGCAGAAUCUGUGUUGUCAUGUAAAUCUGUAUGCAUGUAUAUUAGGCAUUUUUCAUAAAGAAUUGUUGAAAACAAUAUUAAAAGUUUUCACAUUAUUGGAAUUGAGACGUUUUGUUAAAAAAAAAUGUAAGCAACAAUGGCUUCAAAGGUCCUGUAAAAUACAUGUAUAAAUGUAUGCAGCAAUGCUAUUGAUGGUGUUUUUCUUGUACAUAAAUCAUCAGGGCCAUACAUUGGGUAAUGUUUAUUGUAUUUCAAUUGGAAAAUUCUGUAUAAAAUUCCUGCCAGAUACUUCAUUCGCGUAGAAAGGGUAGAGGGGGGAGAAACUACUUGAUUGUCUUAAUUAUAUGAAUGCUUGUUGAUUGUCUCAAUGUUCAUUAAUUUUUUUUUUUUUUUUUACUUUCAUCAAAUUUUUGGGAAUUAUGCUGUGAAAGGAUGGGCUAACUGCGUGUCAUAUAUGUGGAAUACAUUUUAUUUUAUUCCACAAUGAUAUAUAUGUAGUCCUGUGAUGAUUUAUAAAGUAUGGGAUUAGUCUCCUUGCUUUAGUAGUAAAAGAAAAUAAUGUAUGUAUUGUCCUUUUACUACACAAUUACACGUACAUGUUUCUCUUCUCAAGUUCUAGUGCUGUUGCUUAAAUUUGAAACUGGAAAUGGGCAGAACAAAUCAAUGCAUUGAUGUGGUGGCAAAUCAAAUUAAAAGAAAUGUAAGUCAUAUUUAAAGAAUUUUGACUUCGAUGGGAGUAUAAACAAAGACAGAUGAAAAGUUUCAAGAAUGUUUCCAUGAAGGGGGGUGGUAAGGAAAAAAAUCAUUAAAAAUUGUGAACCACUAUAUCAAUAGACACCCUGCAUCAAGAGAAAGUACGUUUAAUAUUCUACAGAAUGAGCAUUGGGAUGGAUUCUUUAGUGUCUAAAGGUCACGGUGCUGGGGUCACUCUAACAAGAAAUAAAAACUUGAUGCAUAGUUAGGAAAACCAGAAAAGAAUAUACCAAAAUUGUGUUUUCACAUCCCCAGGCUUUUGCCUGUAGGAUGGUUCCAAAUUAGCUAUAUUGUGUUAAUGUUACAUAUUUUAUGUUGGGAGAACAGGAAUUUUUUUUCUAGAUUUCAUAGCCCUUGGGACUAGUGAUACUUUUAACUAAUACCGGUACUCAGGUGACCGGUAAGGCCUGUUGGUCUUUUGUCACCUUCAUAUUUAGUUUUCUCUCUUUUGAUGCCUAGACUGUGCAUGCCUAUUUAGCGGAACUUAUACAGGCCUAAGUCUGAAGGGUAUGGAAAUCUGAAGAAAUGCUUUAAUGAAACUCCUAUCCUUAUCGCAUAUUUUAGGAUCUAUGAAGUUGGACAGAAUAAAGGGAGAACUUUUUAGUUUUAAUGACUGAUGGAAUGCAACUUCCUUUUACAAUCCAUUUCAAAUAUGUUGAUAUCCUCCCCAGGGGCCCAGUGCAAGGGAUGGGGGGUGGGGUGGGGUGGGGGGGGGUCACAAUCUCUAUUUUUGGCUAUUGCACAUUUUUGCACAAAGUUUUGGAAAGGAUACAAGCAUUGCCAGCAGGUGCAUUUGAACUUGAUGAGGUUUUCCAUUGUGUGUGUUAAUGAGGCUAAGUAUGUACAUAGUAGUAUAACAGUUCUGUAGAAACAGGACAGCCAAAUGCCUGUACAUUUCGAUUAUCAGAUAAAUGUACUCAGUACACUAUGGUAAGUCAUCCAUUUAUUGGUACUGUGGGUACUUCACAGUAGUAUUGCUUUGUAAAUUUACUUACUUUUAAUUUAUUCAUUAUAUAUGUAUUUAAAAAAACCCAACUCUAUACACAUUUUGUGCUCAUGUACAUUGUACCAGUAAACAUAAUUUUUUUUAUGCGUAUUGUGUGUAUAUAUGUAGAGGUAAAUCAACAAGUUCUGGGUUUGAUUCUAUAUAUCUGGUAAAUCAAUCAUUCUGGAAUGAAAUUUUUUUUAAUUUUGUGCGCCAUUAUCAACGCAGGAUGGUUUUAAAUCGGAUGAAAAUUAAAACGUGUUUUCUAGCUGGUGACUAACACCACAAAGCUGCUCAAUCAGAAAGGAAGAGGGAUCUGAAUUGCUGUUGAAUUUUUUUUUUAAUUUUUUUUUUUGUUAUGUUGUUGUAUAACUAAAGCUAUAACAUAAAUUUUUGUUUAAAAUUGCAUAAUAUUUGAAGGCAUUUCCCAUUUGAUUUCAUUGAUAUAUAUUCUUAAGAAAGUAAGUACAUUAAUUUCUAGAUAAAAAUCCUUACUAGCUGAAGUACUCCAGAGGGUAAUGACACGGCAGGUGCAUGUAAACAAGCCAAAGUAGUGUCCCUUUGGUUAUAAAUGCUUGUUAUAUUUAAAAAACAAUUGAUUUUUAUGUGUCAUGUUAAUUUUUUAAAAAUCCCACAACAGCUGAGCUACAUGUCGAUGUAAAUGAUUAGUCAUUAAAUCUAGUGGCUUUUCUGUGUGUAUCUCAUUACUGACCCAUUCUUAUGUACAUUAUUAUGCCUUCCAUAUGCAUCUGAAAUACAUGUAUACUUUAAAAUAAAGACACUGUUAAUUGCG